AUGGCCACCGCCGUAACGCAAACCACAACCAUGUCCGUGUCCCAAGACACAGAUUCCAAGCAAAACGCAAACCCCGCGCCAACCAUGCUAAAACUCGGCUCGCCGUUGGAUAAUAUUGACCGUCACCAACCUGCCGACGAUCCUGAUUCGUCACAGACCCCCGCCGCCGUGUUUGAUAUUUCGCCCGAGGCUGCAUUACACUUGCUUUGUUUGAAUGUUGAGCGGCUAGGCGCUUACUUUGCUCAGAAACCCAUCAGCCCCGAUGAGCUGCAUACGCAUGGUUCCGCGACUCUAGUUUCUGAUACCCCUGUUGAGGAUGAGCUCAAGGUGAAAAUCGUCGGAUUGCAUGUUAAGGAUUCAGAUGAUCCUGUCGACCCCGCCAAGGCGACGGAAGAAGCGAUUCAGAUGGCUAUCUUGGCGAAGAAGUUCCUGUCAAAGAAGGUGCCACCGAUUCCGUUGAACGAGUAUCUGCUUCGUUUGCAUAGGUACUGUCCUAUGUCUACUGCGGUCUAUCUCGCAGCUAGCGUAUAUAUAUCCAAGAUGACGCUGGUCGAUAAUGUAUUAAGGGUCCUGCCCAAGAAUAUGCACAGGCUUGUGCUUGCUGGUGUUUCGGUUGCUUCAAAGGCUCUAGAGGACUUGAGCUAUCCGCAUAGCCGGGUUGCGAAGGUCGGUGGAGUCAGUGCGCAGGAAUUGUCGAAACUCGAGAUCAGCUUUUGUUUCCUGGCCGACUUUGAGCUGCGUGUUGAUGCGCAGAUGUUGAUGAACGAAGCCUUGCGUCCUCAGACAACCCUGGAAUAA